AUGGCGUGGUACGCCGACUCUGUUAGGCGAACUGGACAAGACGUUUUGACAUUUGCUGUAUUCCCUCUAUUAAGAGUUUUUAUUAUAUGGCAAGUAUCACUUCCGGUGAAAUGGCAGACUGUGAUUAGCUGAGAAGCACUUUCAGCUGUCCAUUAUCAGUUUCCCGUAAUGGACCGGCGGUCCAUCACGUCAAAAAAAACCGCUUGCAUUUUAAAACAAAACAGCAAAACUAAUUGAAAAUUUGAAAAUUAUAAUUUAAUUUGUUAUUAAUAAGAUAUCUGCGAAUGGUUUUUAGUACGUGAAAAGAAGGAAUACAUUGGUAAUUUUUGUUUUAUUCGACCAAAUGUGUGCCACACUACUAAUAUGCAUUCACAAAUCGUGCAUUUGUUGUUUGUUUCAAGUAUAAAUGCCUAUAAUAAAUGCCAUAUAAUAAACUUUUUAUUAACCUCGCUUGCUCGGUAUAUACAGCUAUUUCAAUUAAGGUUGUCCCCCGAGCAAAGCGGAGAAGUCGAAUACGAGCGCGAAAGGCUGCUGGGAAUCGCUAAUAAAUUCAUUCAUUCCAUAUAUCUAUGAUUCAUUCAUUCAUUUUCUCGUCUCUCCCCUCGUCCUCACACUAAAGCACUGGGAAGGAGGUUGGAGAAAUAGGGUUCGAUGAAUCAAUUGCCGCUUUCAACCAGAGGUUUAUUUACACAUACACACAGGGCCGGAGCUACGGGGGGGUGUGGGGGGGUGUGACACCCCCCCAGUAAUUGUAUUCAGUCGGCAGAACUGCUAUUCAGUCGGUAGGACUGCUAUUGAGUCGGUAGAACUGCUAUUUGGGUUAAAUAUUUUUGGCGCAAAGGGCAAGAACGUGGUGGGAAUUUUAGGAAAAUUUUGAUGAAAAAUGUAAAAAUUUCGGAAAAAUGUAAAAAAAUGUUGAAAAUUUGUUAUGUUCGGAAAAUUUUUGAAUGUUCCGGAAAAUUUUUGUACGUCCGGAAAAAUUUUUGGACCCCUAAAAUGGUACACUGACCGAAAUUUUUUUGGCGACGGGGGGGGGGGGAGGUCGACCAAAAAUUUCUGAUCCGGAAAAAUUUUUUUGGACCAGUCGGUUGAAUUGACCUUAUUAACACCCCCCCUGAAGAAUUUCCUGAGGACGGCCCUGCAUACACAUACAGUACACAUAUUUAUUUCUAGUUACAGAUCUAUUUACAUGAAUUUUCAUUAGCCGCAAGUAGCCAAGCUAAUCGGGGCGGGUAGUGAGAUAAUGUAUUAAUUAGGAGAGGGGGAUAAUAGAAAUGACUGAAUUACAAGAUAAAGAACUUAAUAAGUUAAAUAAUUGCAAGAUUACAAAGUUACAAGCAGAACUGCAUGCUGAAGUCAAUUUAUUUGCUUAUGUAAAGUUAAUCGGUAAUAUUGAAAUCUCGCUAAAGUGCUAAAUAUAGGAAUGAAAUUGAGCAUAUAAUUAUAUAACCACAAAAAUUGAGAUUAUACAAUCAAUUGUAGGAUGGUUUGGUUUCAAUAGGCAAUGAAAAUAAUGAUCCCCUUCGCAAUGAAAAUAAUAAAAAUAAACCUCUGGAACCAGGGUAGAUGAUUAUCAUCUAUUUGUGCACUUUUGACAAUUGAUGCUAUUCAUCUAUGAUCCCGGAGACUUGUGCGAGGCUCCUGAAGGGGGGGGGGGGUCGUAUUCCCAUUUCCCAGCCCAAAUUUUGACUAAAUCCCAUUGUCCCAGAGCACAAAUCCCAUCAUCUCAGUGGCUGUCCUGCUCAAAUCUUAAUCCCAUUCCCAUUUUCUAUUGUUUUUUUGCUGAUGAAUCCCAGUCCCAGUGCAUGAAAUCCCAUUUUCCCACCCAAAAAAUAAGCAAAUCCCAGUUCCCAUUUUACCCCUUCAGGACCCUCUUGUGCUGAAUUUUCUCAAACUGUUUUCUGGGUCUUACAUAAAGUACUUCACAACUCCUACACAGGAACGCGGGUUCGCAAAAGAAAAUGGAUGCCGCAGCAAGAAGACGUGAACUUCGAAAGAGAAAGAUUUUACAAAAUGCAGAAGACAGAAUAAAGAAACUAGCUGGAAGUAUCGUAGCUGAUGUUAAACAUGAAAAAAAUGUAGAGAAACAAACAUAUUUUGGCAAUGAGAGUGUUUUGAAACUUCUGAAUAAUUGUUCAACAGAAGUUGGUCUGAAUUGUGAAACAACUUUAGAUAGUACAAUUACCACACCAAGGGAAAAAUUAAUUCAUGGGAAUUCUCUUGUUUAUCAAGAUAAACCUACUGAAAUUCGAGAUAAAACAGAUGGCUAUGUUAGGAAAGAAAGAGUUAAUAAAACUUACGAACAAACUGAUGAGAGUUUUCCUGGUCAAACAACUGCACAUAGUCACAAAGAAAAAAUACUUAAUGAAAAUGUUCCCAAGCAUCAAGAUGAGCCUACAGAAGUGCAAGAUAAAACGGUUGGCUAUGUUAGGAGGGAAAGACUUCAUGAAAUAAACCAGCACCAAAUUGAUGAAAAUGAAACUGAAUCUAAUACUGAACCUGAGGCUGUUGACAGCAAAAUAUCUAAUGUUCGGCCUGUGAUAGUCAUGAUUCUUGCCAUGCUGUGCUUCACGAAGUCUCUUUAUUUUCCUGCCAUAUCUUUACUAUUGGGUUCACCAUGGUUUCUUGAAAUAUACAAUGGGAAAGAGGUAAAUAUAAAUACAGAAUGAAUCUCAUGGCAUUAUUGCGGUGAGGGGAGGUGAUUUGUGCAGAGGGUACUCAUUCCUAGCCUUUGUGAAGGCCUUAAAUUUUUAGGCCUUAAAUGUUGAUUAUAUGCCUAUGACUAAUUUACACAUUCCCCAACCACAUGAAGUUUUAUUUUUGGAUUGUUGGUUUUGGGAUUUUUGUUCACUUGUCAAAUUUGUUUACCCUCGCUCCUCAGGAGAUGAACUUGGUACCUCAAACCAACAACUGGAUUGA